AUGUAUUUCAUUUUAAACAUGUUUUCUCGUAGGACUAACACAAUGGUUAUCGAAAAUACAUUUGCAAAAAGAUGUCGGAUCAAUUAUGCGCCAACUGCGUUAUCAUUUACGACAGCCAGUAUCAUUAUCUUGUUCAUCCUCACCAAUAUUCCUGGAAAUCUCCUCGUUAUCCUGGCCGUUGUUCGUGAUCCAAACAAAAAUUUACGAACUCCUUUUAACUGGUUAGUGGUAAAUUUAGCAGCUGCUGAUUUGAUUGUUGGUGUUAUCGUACAGCCGCUUGAGGUUUACUUUCACAUCAAAGAAGGCUUGAGAAAGAAACAUGCUCCUGAAGAAAUAAACCUGAUUGGCAUGGUUUACUUCAUCUCCUGUACCGCUUCUGUUCUUAGUCUUACGAGUUUGGCAGUUGAAAGAUAUCUUGCCGUGAGGAAACCAUACACAUAUCGUAACAAUGCGACUAAUAAGAGAAUUGUUCUAACCAUAGUAAUUAUUUGGUUGAUAUCCUUGAGUUUACCUAACAUUUAUCUAAGUGUUGGUUUUUCUACAUACGUUUUCAUAUUUUCUAACACCUCCAUGGCGAUGGGCGUGAUAAUAAUUUGUAUUACAUGCACUCUGUUGAAGCGGAAAAUCAAUAAAACGAGAACAGACCACGGGAGGAACGUGACUGCACUUUCGACUUCAGGAGAAGCAAGCAAUAAACCACUGCAGCACCAAAGUUCUUCAGCUGUCAGCACAACGAUAGACACCCCAAAUGCUACUACUCAAAACUCACAAAUGUUCGAAGCAAUUGCUCUAUCAACUUCAGCUGGACCAAAACACUUACUGUCACAAGAUCAGAACCAGCUUCCAACUGUCAACAGUGACAUAAGUUCCUCAAACGUUACAACUACAUGUAGUAACACCAGACAACUGUUUGAAGAUAAGAUUACUAAAAUGUUUCUAAUCAUUCUCGUAGCUCUGUUGUGCACCUAUGGACCCUCGACUAUAAUGAUAUACUUUGUAAACUUCUGUGAAGAUUGCAGUUGUAGCGCUCUUCACUGUCUUGAGAACAUCAGUGUCUUGUUCAUUUUGAUGAAUUCUAGCAUUAACUUUUUCUGCUAUGCUUUAAGAGGUAGCAGAUUUCGAAAUGCGUUUGCCAAAUUGUUAAGAAUCAAUAGACGUUGA